UUCUCUUGAGUCUGCCACCUCCUGCUGAGCUGGGCUUCAAAGGUGGUGGCUCAGAAUAGGUGUCCUCUGCACUAAUCGGCCUACCUGGGUGUAGUCUGACAGCCUGUGGUCUGAGAAGUUCCAGGUGCUUUGUACAGCAGCAGAAACAUCCUAAGCAAUGGCUGCCAUCCGGAAGAAACUGGUAAUUGUGGGAGAUGGAGCUUGUGGAAAAACAUGUUUGCUCAUCGUCUUCAGCAAGGACCAGUUUCCUGAUGUCUAUGUGCCCACAGUGUUUGAGAACUACGUGGCUGAUAUCGAAGUGGAUGGAAAACAGGUGGAGUUGGCCCUCUGGGACACAGCUGGUCAAGAAGAUUAUGAUCGCUUGAGGCCACUCUCCUAUCCGGACACUGAUGUCCUCUUGAUAUGUUUCUCCAUUGGCAACCCUGAUAGCUUUGGGAACAUCCCACAUAAAUGGAUACCAGAAGUCAAGCAUUUCUGUCCCAAUGUGCCCAUCAUCCUGGUCGGGAGCAAGAAGGAUCUUCGGAAUGACUUGAACACAAUACAAGAGUUAGCCAAGAGGAAGCAAGAGCCGGUGAAACCUGAACAAGGCCGAGAUUUGGCGAACAGCAUUGGCGCUUUCGAGUAUGUGGAGUGUUCUGCAAAGACCAAAGAUGGCGUGAGAAAGGUCUUUGAAAAAGCCACAAGGGCUGCUCUGCAAACGAAUCGUGUGAAGAAAAAGACUGGCUGCUUUGUCUUUUGAAGUCUUUGUGCAAACACAGCCCUAGUACAGUUAAUUUUCAAGUGCUAUUUACGAAUGUUAUUGUGUAAUUGCUAGCCUUUUUCUUUAUUUAUAUGUCCAAGAUUACAGGUCAGAAGUCAUCUUGCUACUAAUGUUUGGAAAUCAACUGUGAUUAUUAAUGACAUUCAUUCUGUCUGACCUUCCGGGGUCCUGACUCUUCUGUAACAGACCAUUCUGCGUUUCACCUAAAACCCAAGGCACUAAUUGAAGAACUUAUUAUCUGUAGAAAGAGAGACGGUAACUUCAUCAUUUAGACUGUAACUACUUUCUGACCACCCUACCAUCCAUCUAUGAGCUGAGAAGAAAGCUGUUGAGUCACCACUUGAGUGUUUACUCCCUAACAACUUUAAUCACCAUACUUAUUCUCUUGAAAUGUCUCUCCAUGCAUCUGUGGUAGAGUAACAGCUCUGUGGCUCCAUGUUAGCUACCUUAUAGUUACUGUGCAAUUAGUGCCACUUAAUGUAUGUCACCAGAAGAACUAAGAUCUACCCCAGACUAGAUGUAGCAUUUUUGGAAUACUUGGAUUUUCUGAUACUGAUAUUUGUCAUUCCCGCAGCAAGUAUACUGGUUGAAAGAAUUUGGAAAUAAAGUCAUAUGGAAAAUU